UAGAAAAGUACGUGGCAUUGACAUUUGACUCUCCCAAGUCUUCUUUGCGUAUCCAUUUUCCAUGGAAAAGAUCAUCUUGUGACGUUCUCGGUCUCUUGUUGGAAACAAGAAUCAGUGUUGUUUUUCUUCUAGGUUUCUUGGCUGACUGAAAUAUCAAACAAGAAAGUUGCUGCCGAACCCCUCUUACUGUCUUUCCUGUAUCCACUCUGCAAGUCCAAACUCUUUUCUUCUUUCCACUUUGUAGUAUUCAAAUUGAUGCUACCGUUAGUUUUAAGGCCUGAGCCCAAACUUGUAAGUGAGAUUGUGCAAUUCAUUUUGAAAAAAUUGAACCACACAUCAUUAGGUGACUCUAAGGGCCUAGUUGGGAUAGAUUCACGCAUUGAACGACUCAAAACACUUUUAUGCAUUAGAUCAUCUGAAGCUCGCAUAAUCGGAAUAUGGGGCGUGGGUGGUAUAGGUAAGACAACCAUUGCUGAAGCUGUUUUCAACAGUAUUUCAAGUCAAAAUGAAAGCUGCUGUUUUAUUACCAAUGUAAGAGAGAAAUCGGAAGAAUGCGGUGGGUUGAUUCGCUUGCGAGAGGAAUUCCUUUCCAGAGUAUUAGAGCAGGAAAAUCUACGUAUUGACACUCCACGCAUGGGAUCAACUUUAAUCAAGGAAAGGAUCCGGCACAAAAAGUGAACUGUUCUAGAUGAUGUGAAUGAUGUCGAACAAGUGGAAUGUUUAAUUGAAAGGCAUGAUAUGUUUGGUCCAGGAAGUAGAAUUCUUGUAACGUCCAGAGAUAGACAAGUGCUUAAGAAUGUGGCUGAUGAAAUUGAGGAAUUAAAUUGCAGUGAAGCUCGUCAACUCUUCAGUCUGUCUGUCUUCAAAGGUAACCACAUUCCAAAAGAUUAUAUGGGCCUAUCAAUCAGGGCAGUAAAUUAUGCUAAAGGAAACCCAUUGGCUCUUAAAGUUUUGGGUUCCUUUCUAUUUGACCAAAGGAAAGAGGACUGGGAAAAUGCAUUGAAUAAACUUGAAAGAAAUCCUCAGCUGAAAAUUUAUAAUAUGUUGAAAGUAAGUUUUGUUGCACUUGGUGAUGAAGAGAAGAACAAAUUUCUUGAUAUUGCGUGUUUCUUUAAAGGGAAGCAAAUUGAUUACGUGAAGAGAAUACUGGAUGGUUGUGGUUUCUCAACAAAUAUUGGAGUUUUUUGGCUUGCUGAAAGGUGCCUCAUUACUAUUUCAAAUGGAAAGCUUGAAAUGCAUGAUCUGGUGCAAGAAGUGGCUUUUGAAAUUGUCCGACAAGAAUCCAUAGAAGAACUGGGAAAACGUAGUAGGUUAUGGAGUCCUAGGGAUGUCAAUCAAGUUUUGACAAAAAAUCUGGGAACUGAAAAGGUUGAAGGGAUAUUCUUUGACACCUCUAAAAUAAAAGAAAUCAAGUUAAGCUCUAAAGCUUUUGCGCGGAUGUAUAAUCUUAGAUUGCUCAAAAUUUAUAAUUCUGAAGUUGGAAAGAACUGUACACUGUACCUUCCUAAUGGUCUCAAAUCACUUUCUGAUGAGUUGAGGUAUCUCCAUUGGGAUGGAUACCCUCUGAAAUCUUUGCCAUCCAAUUUUCAUCUAGAGAACCUCGUUGAACUUAACCUAUCACACAGCAAGGUUCGAGAACUUUGGAAGGGGGACCAGGUAUGGUUUAGUCACUACACAGAAUCUUGUGAAUUUUAAAAUGUACAGAUACUAUUUUUUUUUGUUAUCAAUGCUAUGAUGGUGCAAAAUCUUGUGAAUUAACAGAGGUCAACCUUAGUAAUUGUGAGCAUCUAACUGCAAUUCCAGACCUAUCAAAGGCUAAAAAUCUUGAGAGAUUGAAUCUUCAAUUUUGUACAACUCUGAAAGUGGUUCUCUCAUCUAUUCAAUUUCUAGAGAAGCUUGUUGAUUUGGAUCUGAGAUGCUGCACAAGCCUUUCGAGUCUUCCAAGAAUCAUUAAAUCGAAAAAUCUCACUCUUAACCUCUCUGGCUGCUGAAAUCUCAAG